AUGGCACAGCCCAAUGCGCCAGCAGCGGCCGGCGCUCGUCCGGCCGCCCAGCCACAGGAACAAGGCGGCAUGAGCAUGAUGCAGAAACUGCUCCUCGGCGGCUCCAUGUACUUUGGCAUGAACAUGCUCAUGAACAACAUGUUCAAGAAGACCCAGACCGGCACCCAGGUUAAGGACGCUGACGGCAACAUCAUCAGCGUUCCCGCCAACACCGAGGACAUCCCGCCAUAUCUGCUCCGCCCCAAGACCCUGGACGAGGGUGCUACAUACAGCAAUAUUCCCCGAAAGCUCGCUCCGAUAUGGCCCAUGGACAGCUACAUCGACAUCACCGUGACACUGUCUGACACCUUCGUUCCGACUCCGCUGUCGCAGACGCCGCAGGAGAAGGUAGUCCUGAAAGAGCAGAAGUUCAAGAUUGGCAAUUAUAGCGAGAAGCGGUCCGUCGAUACCACCAUUGAUAUCCCCCCCUCAGUUCAGAACAACGGUACCCUCUGGGGUCACUUCUACAUCUCGUUGCCCGGAAGCCAGCCUGAUCCACACCUGGACACUUACGACCCUGCUUCUGCCUACUACUUUGCGUACCCCCUCACCCAGUACAUCCCCAAGAAAAAGGAGUUCAAGACAAGGUCUUUAUUGGAGGGUAAGGUCGAGGAAGAGCCAGAAGAAACCAUUGAGGAGAACGAGACGGGCCCUAUCAUUGCCAGCUACUACCACCCGAACGCUAGCUUCUCCAUCAUCCCCAACACUGGAGUACUCGACUACCGUCAAACCCACCCGGCCAUCCGCCCAUUUAUUCAUCUUGAGCCGACUGGCGCCAGGGACGGGUCGGGUCAACACUCGUGGUACUACCCCAUAUUGUUUGUCAACACCUUCUGGCAACUCAAGAGCCAGAUGAUCCUGCUCAAUGACACUGUAAAGUCGGUUCCGCUGCACAUUGAUCUGAACAAUAUGCGCUCUUGGCAGUUCAACACCCUCGCCGCGAUAGAGGCAAGUGCCAAGGAAUCCGCACGCCAGGCUGCGUAUGGCGGAUCGCUGCCCGGCGGUGGCGAUGGCUCUGAGAUUGAGAUGGUCAAGGAGAUUUUUGGAGACACAAAUCCCAUCCUCCUGGGUGUCACUAUCAUCGUCAGUAUCGCCCACAUGAUAUUGGAAACGCUUGCUUUUGGUUCCGAUAUUGCGCAUUACCGCAAGAAGAAGGACAACGUCGGCAUCUCUGUCCGGUCUAUCCUGGCCAACGUCUUUAUGCAGGCAGUCAUUCUGCUCUAUCUUAUCGACAACUCGCAAAAUACCAGCUGGAUGAUUCUGGGUGGCCAGGCGGUGGGCAUUCUCAUUGAGCUGUGGAAGAUCACCACGAUUGUCAAUGUUUCGUUCAAGCCAGCGCCGCCUGGCUCGUGGUUGCCCUUUGCUAUCGCUGUGGAGGACAAGCACAAGCUCAGCGAGACAGAGGAGAAGACUAAGGAGUACGACGAGAUUGCCUUCAAGUACAUGUACAUUGCUGGCGUGCCCCUGCUCAUUGGCUACGCCAUCUACUCGUUGGUGUACGAGACGCACAAGUCAUGGUACUCGUACAUUAUCGCGACCUUGGUCGGCUCCGUCUAUGCAUACGGCUUCCUCAUGAUGGUCCCCUCUCUGUACAUCAACUACAGGCUGAAGAGUGUAGCGCACAUGCCCGCCAAGGCCAUGAUGUACAAGUUCCUUAACACCUUCAUCGACGACCUGUUUGCCUUCACCAUCAAGAUGCCCUUCCUCCACCGUCUGUCCACUUUCCGCGACGACAUCAUCUUCUUCAUCUACCUUUACCAACGUUGGGCCUACAGGAUUGACUACACCCGUGUCAACGAGUUUGGCCAGGGCGGUGACGAUGAGGAGGAGGAUGCAAACAAGGCGAAGGCCAAGGAGCUGCUCGAGAGCGAUGCGGCCUUGGAGAAGGUCAAGGAUGUCACGGGUAAGGCCACGGGCGCCGACACUGGCAAGGCGAAGAAGAGGAAGUAG